CCAAAGGACAUAGGCUUUAUAUCUUUAUAAAAUAUUCCAGGAAGGAGGAAAAAAAUAAAUUACCCAAUACUGUUUCUUUUUCUUGAGAAACAUAACAGCUUUGACAGCCCGUCCCAUUCCAAGGACAAGCUAAACAGAAUAAAGCAAGACUUCCCCCACAACUUUCCAAAGCAUAGGUCAACUGUUUACACGAGUCUGUAUGAAAAUGAAACAAAACAACUAGUGAAAAAUCCAGCAGCUUGUUAAAGAAAGAGAGACUUGAGAAUGAGUCCUUUUCAAGUGGGGUGUGCUGGUGCACCGCAGACUUGGCAGCUUAAGGCAGGAGGAUUGCAGGUUCCAGGCCAGGCAGGGCUACAGAGUGAGACCCUGUCUCUAAAAACAAAAUAAACCUUUUUCAUAAGAAAAUGAACUAUUCGAGAUAAAUUGGAUUAACAUGUUCGUGUGCAAUUCUAAGACAAUAAAAAGCACCUGGGGAGGGGGAAACACAUGAAAGAUAACCAUAUUCAUUAUCGACAUGAACAUAUAAAUUAAUUAUAACACAAGUAUCUAUAUGACAUUUAUGACAAAAUUAUGAGAAUGUGAGGAAAUCCCUCUCAUUCAUAAAUGUUAGGAGAGCAAUUUAGAAUAUCUAAUAAAAGUGUAUAUAUUCUAAAAUUAAAAAAUUAUAUACUCAGGUCUAUUUUGUAGUGAGGAUGUGUACAGCAUUGCCAUUACUUGACAGAUAAAGUAAGCAAGGCCUAGUGUCUUUCCGUAGUAAACGAAUUAAUUCAUGCACACCACUUAGAAUAGUGUAUGGGGUAUAAGUUAAGCAUCAUAUAACACCUCACUGUGUAUCAUCACCGUCGAUCAGUCGUAGGAGAGAUUCCACCAACAUCAUCAAUACCGGGAAGCAAUGUAUUUGAGAUGCUCUAACACACAUGUUGUCUGGACAGGUUCAUUGAAAGGUUAACUAACUGCCAACAUUUGAUCAGUUUGGAGGCUCCUCUCCCUCCUGGCACUAGGGAGGAUCAUGUUUUCAGAAAGACGACGCGAUAUUUCAGUCAGGUAGAGAAAUAUUGGUGGGACCCGGGUUGGUGUUUGCCGGGUGCUACCAUUGGGUUUUGGUGAUUGUCUGUCCGGCUCCAGGUAUUCAGUCCUUUCUGGACCGUAGGUGUAGGGAAUGAGGAACGAAGGAACCAUAGUCACCAGGGAGGCCGGCUGGUGAGGCUCCUCUUAGAAAGCUGCCCGGGGCAGGAGGGCUGCAGCUACCGCGAUCACAAACCAUCCCACCUAGCUGCUUAGGGGAUGUUGGAAAGUUAUUUGCCAUAGAGUGGGAGCAGGUGGCUUCCAGAGGCGAGCGCACUCCGGCACGUCGCCGAGGCGCUCGGGGCAGCUGACUGCGGGCAGGACGCACGCCUAGAACUCCAAGUGAGAACCUCAAGCCCCAGGAAUACUUAGCCAAAGCUUGCCCGUGGAUGAUCGCCUCGGUGCAGAGCCUGCAAGCCUUCCCGGGAGGAGGAGCUUUCAAGUCUAGAACGUCAGUGGUCUGGCCACGCUGGCUAAGAGAGGGGCGGGAACCUGCCUUAAAGGUUGAGAACUCGUGACCGCCGAAGCUAAGUUCGUCUGGCGUGUGCUCGGUGUUUCAGGAGGAUUCCGGGAGCGAUCAGCGGACAACAGAAGUGAAGCAAAGAACCUUGAAGGGUCUGAGAUCUCCUCCAGCAAAACGCAUCCAAGGGCCUCAAAUCCAGUACUUUACUUGCCCACUACCCUCCGGCAAACUCGGUGCAAAAACCACAGCUUCCUGUUAAGGGUCUCGGGUGCAGCUUCCCGGCGGCCUCUAACACCCGGAGCGCGAGAAUCCGGCGCUCCCGGAGCGGCGGGCGCGGGCCCGCGCGGACUCAGUGCGCACGCGCAGGGGGUGGGCCGCCCGGCCGGCUGGAGCGGUGACGAGCCCGGAAGCGCCGGCGCGCGCCCCCUCCGCACCAGAACUAGUUUUGUUCGGUGUCCUCGGAACGCCAGCCACCCGGAGAGAACCCCGCAAGCUCCCGCCCGCACCCGCCCGCUGGCCGGCACCGCCGCAAUGUCUAGCAACAGUUUCGCCUACAACGAGCAGUCCGGAGGAGGGGAGGCGGCGGAGCUGGGGCAGGAGGCCACCUCGACCAUCUCUUCCUCGGGCGCCUUCGGCCUCUUCAGCAGCGAUUGGAAGAAGAAUGAAGACCUGAAGCAGAUGCUGGAGAGCAACAAAGAUUCUGCCAAACUGGAUGCUAUGAAGCGGAUUGUUGGGAUGAUUGCAAAGGGGAAAAAUGCCUCAGAACUCUUCCCUGCUGUUGUGAAGAAUGUGGCCAGUAAAAACAUCGAGAUCAAGAAGCUGGUGUAUGUUUACCUCGUCCGAUACGCUGAGGAACAGCAGGACUUGGCUCUCCUGUCCAUAAGCACUUUCCAGCGUGCUUUGAAGGACCCAAAUCAACUAAUCCGCGCAAGUGCCUUGAGAGUUUUGUCAAGUAUUAGAGUGCCGAUUAUCGUGCCUGUCAUGAUGCUGGCUAUCAAGGAGGCAUCAGCUGACCUGUCGCCCUACGUUAGGAAGAAUGCAGCCCAUGCUAUCCAGAAGCUGUACAGUCUUGACCCUGAGCAGAAGGAGAUGCUGAUUGAGGUCAUCGAGAAACUCCUGAAGGAUAAGAGCACGCUGGUGGCUGGCAGUGUGGUGAUGGCUUUUGAAGAGGUGUGCCCAGAUCGAAUCGAUCUGAUCCACAGGAAUUACCGCAAGCUUUGUAACCUACUGGUUGAUGUUGAAGAGUGGGGGCAGGUGGUCAUAAUCCAUAUGCUAACACGAUACGCUCGGACCCAGUUCGUUAGUCCUUGGAGAGAGGAUGAUGGCGUAGAAGACAAUGAAAAGAAUUUCUAUGACUCUGACGAUGAGGAGAAGGAGAAGAGUGGCAAGAAGAAACCGUACAGCAUGGAUCCGGACCACAGACUCUUAAUCAGAAACACAAAGCCCUUGCUUCAGAGCAGGAACGCAGCGGUGGUUAUGGCUGUCGCUCAGCUGUACUGGCACAUCUCACCCAGGUCGGAGGCUGGUGUCAUUUCUAAAUCUCUGGUGCGCCUACUUCGCAGCCAUAGGGAGGUGCAGUAUAUUGUAUUGCAAAAUAUCGCAACUAUGUCAAUUCAGAGAAAGGGUAUGUUUGAACCUUACCUGAAGAGCUUCUAUGUCCGGUCCACUGACCCAACUAUGAUCAAGACUCUGAAGCUUGAAAUCUUGACAAACUUGGCAAAUGAAGCCAACAUAUCAACUCUUCUUCGAGAAUUUCAGACCUACGUGAGAAGCCAGGACAAACAGUUUGCAGCGGCCACUAUUCAGACCAUAGGCAGAUGUGCAACCAGCAUUGCCGAGGUCACUGACACAUGCCUCAAUGGCCUGGUCUGCCUGCUGUCCAACAGGGAUGAAAUAGUUGUUGCUGAAAGUGUGGUUGUUAUAAAGAAAUUGUUGCAAAUGCAGCCUGCACAGCAUGGUGAGAUUAUUAAGCACAUGGCGAAGCUGCUGGACAGCAUCACUGUCCCUGUGGCUCGAGCAAGCAUUCUUUGGCUGAUUGGAGAAAACUGUGAACGCGUUCCUAAAAUUGCUCCUGAUGUUUUGAGAAAAAUGGCUAAAAGUUUCACUAGUGAAGAUGAUCUGGUGAAACUGCAGAUUUUAAAUCUUGGAGCAAAAUUGUAUUUAACUAAUUCCAAACAGACAAAAUUGCUUACCCAGUACAUAUUAAAUCUCGGCAAGUAUGAUCAGAACUACGACAUCAGAGACCGCACAAGAUUUAUUAGGCAGCUUAUUGUUCCGAACGAGAAGAGUGGAGCUCUAAGUAAAUAUGCCAAAAAAAUCUUUCUAGCACAGAAGCCUGCACCACUGCUGGAGUCUCCCUUUAAAGACAGGGAUCAUUUCCAGCUUGGCACCUUAUCUCAUACUCUCAACGUUAAAGCGUCCGGGUACCUGGAAUUAUCUAAUUGGCCAGAGGUGGCGCCUGACCCAUCGGUUCGCAAUGUAGAAGUAAUAGAGUCAGCAAAAGAGUGGACCCCACUUGGAAAAACAAAGAAAGAAAAACCUGAGAAGAAAUUUUAUUCUGAAUCUGAGGAGGAGGAGGAAGAGGAAGAAGAAGAUGAGGAGGAGGAUCCCUCUGAUAGCAGCAGUGACAGUGAGAGUGGGUCUGGACGUGAGAGUGGAGACUCAGGCAGCAGCAACGAGGACAGCAGCGAGGACUCCUCCAGUGGACAAGACAGCGAGACCGGAAGCGAGGCAGAAGCAGAACACCAGAGGGUGGCCAAGACGAACUCCAAAACCAAGAGGAAAAGUGCCUCAGAAGACAGGGAGAAGAAAAAUGGAAAAUCUCAGGCCUUGGAGUCGUCCAGUGAGGAGUCCAGUUCCACAGAAGAAAGUUCUUCAGAGUCAGAGUCAGAGUCAGGCUCUGACAGUGAGCCUGCACCCAGAAAAACAGCUAAGGCAAAAGAAAGAAAACCCCAGCAAGAAAGACCUCCUCCCUCCAAAGAUGUUUUCCUUCUCGAUCUGGAUGACUUUAACCCAGUAUCCACCCCAGUUGCCCUUCCUACACCAGCCCUUUCUCCAAGCUUGAUAGCUGAUCUUGAAGGUCUAAACCUGUCAACUUCUUCAUCCAUCAUCAACGUCAGUACACCUGUCUUCGUGCCCACAAAAACACAUGAGCUGCUUCACCGAAUGCGUGGGAAAGGACUGGCUGCCCACUACUGCUUCCCAAGACAGCCUUGCAUCUUCGGUGACAAGAUGGUCUCUGUGCAGAUAACCCUGACCAAUACUUCCGAUGGGAAGAUAGAGAACAUCCACGUAGGCGGGAAGAAGCUUGCUGUGGGCGUGCAGAUGCACGUCUUCCAUCCGAUAGAGUCUCUGGAGCCUGAGGGAUCCGUUACUGUCUCGAUGGGUAUUGACUUCUGUGAUUCUACACAGACGGCCAGUUUUCAGCUGUGCACCAAGGAUGAUUGCUUCAACGUCAACAUCCAGCCACCUGUUGGGGAGCUGCUUUUACCUGUGGCCAUGUCAGAGAAGGACUUUAAGAAGGAGCAAGGGAUGCUCACUGGGAUGAAUGAGACGUCGGCAACUCUCAUCGCCGCUCCGCAGAACUUCACCCCCUCCAUGAUCCUCCAGAAGGUUGUAAACGUCGCCAACCUCGGUGCAGUGCCUUCCAGCCAAGAUAACAUACACAGGUUUGCAGCUAAAACUGUGCACAGUGGGUCACUGAUGCUAGUCACAGUGGAACUGAAGGAAGGUUCCACAGCCCAGCUUAUCAUCAACACCGAGAAAACCGUGAUUGGCUCUGUGCUGCUGAGGGAGCUGAAGCCUGUCCUGUCCCAGGGGUAACCUGCUUACAUCUGGACUUCAGAACCUGGCACAGAACAAAGUGCCUGGCAUCCACGACUGCUGCCUUUCAUUUAUAAUAAUAGGCCUUCCAUCUGGCAGCGGGGAAGAGCGCACUCUCGACAUUCUUGUCUCUGCUUUAGAAUGCUGCUGUGUCUGUCAUGUACACGCUCCUCUCCCUCCUCGCUUUGCUAACCAAAGAACAUAUAUUUUACUGUCCAUUUUCUCAACUCCUCAAUCCACGGGGCAUUUCCUUUGCCCGCCGACAUCUUUUGACCUCAUCUUCCUUCUGGUGUUUGAGAAUGAUGGAUGUGCAUCAGAUACUGAGAAUGUAUUGGGAAUCGUCCUUCCUACGGCAGGAGGCAAAAAUUAGCAAGGAAAUGAUCUGAAUGGCCUCUCAGCUCGGUAUAUGAAAAGGAAAUGCCAUACUUUUUAAAUUAAAUGCAAAAAAAUGGCCUCUCUGAAAAUCCCAUUCUUUGAACUUUCUGGUGUUACAAUUGGUUAUCGACAAUUGUCAUCAUGAAAUCCCCUGAACAUCAGGGUGAAUAAAGGAGCACGUGAAUAGCA